AUGGCUCAUUUGAGCUCUGCAAAGUCCUGCAAAUGGUACAGGAAGGGCAAGAACCCCGUUCCUCACGACCGCCUGGUACCUGAAGUUGUGGAACAGGUACACGCCGUUAUCCAGGACUCAAGCGACGCGGACGAGGAACCACUGGAUUUCCAUGACAUCAUGGAGAACAGGGAUCUGUUCCGGUUCGUUCUGCCUACUUCUACUGUUGAUGAUGGGCCCAACGGAGACCAGGGUGAAGCGUCUUCGUCUUCAUCCAGUUCUCGGCCUCCCCCGACAGCUCGACUGCCAGCUCUGGAUGACGACGAAGACACCCGGGUGGAGGAUGAAGACCCCCGAGCGGGGCGCGUAAUCAGAAUGGAGGAGACCGUUGUCGACACGUGGAAGGCUUAUUUUGGAGAGGAUGUUGAGCAAGAGGACCCUCCCGAGGACGCAAUGGAUGUGGAUGGAGUGGGUGUGGAUGAGCAAGCGGCUAAGGAUCCUAACCUCAAGUGGAAGCCCUUUGCAUCCGAGCUAGAUUGGCGGGUUUCUUCUCAUACCGGGGUUGUUGAGAAGCUGGAACUCAGUUUCAAAGACGUCCGACAGCUUUUCCAGAAGGUGGACAGCAUCCCGGACCGAGCAUCAUGGCAGACUGCUACGCUCACCUUCCCUGAUCGACCAGAUGAGAAGCACAUGGUGCGGUACAGGGACAUCAUCGAAGCGAUUAAGGCCUUGGUUGGCAAUCCAGCGCAUGCCAAACAUAUUGUAUACCGGCCCAAACGAGUCUUUGCGGACCAGUCGCGGUUGAGGCGCAUAUACACGGAGAUGUGGACGGGCCUCUGGUGGGACACCGUACAGGAACACUUACCUGAGGGCGCCGCCCUCGCUCUGCUUACCCCGUCUACCUCACCCUCGGCAACAUACCCGCGCCAUCCGCCGCAAACCGUCCGAGCACGCUUGUAUCCUUCUUGGGUACCUGCUGUCUCUAAGGUCAGCAAGAAGGGCCUCACCAAUCGCGAAAGCAAGGCUCGAACGCAGAAGCUCUUCCACGCUUCCAUGCGCCUCAUUGUCGAGCCCCUCAUCAAAGCUGGUGUCGAAGGUGUGGAGAUGACCGGAGGUGAUGGCUGCGUGCGCAGGAUAUAUCCUAUCCUCGCCGCAUAUGUCGCUGACUACCCCGAGCAAUGCCUCGUCACUUGCUCGAAGUACGGGACCUGCCCGAAGUGCCAAUGUCCAGCGGACAAGCUCGGGGAGAAAGACCCGAGCAGCCCUCGCACAUCCGAGCUCACAGAGAGUAUCAUCGACGAUGCAUGGUCGGGUGGUCGCAGUGCGGCUGCGGCUGAAGUCGAAUGCAUGCUACGGGACGUGAACGGUGCGGCGCGGUCGCCGUUCUGGACCAAUCUCCCUUACGCAGACAUACAUCUAUCCAUAACACCAGAUGUUCUCCACCAGCUUUACCAGGGACAGCCGCCUCCGAUGCCUGCCCCUGCGUACGGCAUCCGUCAUUUCCGUAACGGCAUCUCCUCUCUUCUCAGAUAUCUGGGAAAGAGAGGAAAGAAAUGGCUCGAGUCCUCCUCGCAUGUCUCGUUGGCAAGUCUCAAAUACCCCACGCAUGACGACACUACCUUGGAAUACAUGGAGGAUGCACUCAAGACGUUCCAUGCCAACAAGCAAGUGUUGGUCGACCUCGGUAUACGGGAUGAUUUCAACAUACCUAAAAUCCACUCCCUUCUGCACUAUGUCCAGUCCAUCCGGCUCUUCGGGACGACGGAUAACUACAACACGGAGAUGUUCGAGCGACUUCACAUCGACUUCGCGAAGGACGCUUGGCGAGCAUCAAACCACCGCGACGAGUUCCCGCAAAUGAUGCGGUGGAUCACCCGCAACGAGAAGAUGGCUCUCUAUGAGAUGUUCCAGAGGGAACGUCAAGCGGAGGAGGAUGCUGAACACCCGGAGGACGAAGAACAUGCCGAGACCGGUUCAUCGGUACCAGAAGAACCUCCCCACUCUGUCACAACGGAAGGCGUGGACAUAGCGGGGACAUCUAUCAAAAUAGCGAAGUACGCACCUGCUCCUCAACAAAACCUAGCUAUGGUUCAAACCCGCCAUCACGCACCCGGAUUUACGACCGCACUCACAAGACCUCUCCAGAACGUGGCUGCCGUUCCAGCGCGUCGAUGUCUUCCACAAAUUGCAUUCACACCUUACGAGCUGGACGACGGGAGGAUUGACAUUGAUGUUGUGAAGGCCAUACCGGCUUCGGUGCGAUCAGGGCGGAAAGACCGCUUCGACACCGUCAUCGUGUUGGAGAGCGGAGAUGCGGAGUCCACCGGCGUACGAGGGACAAGAGCGGGGAGAGUGAAGGUUAUCUUCGCUCUACCGCGCAAGCUCCCUGCGGUGCAAGGCGGAGGGUCUGCACCUCCAUGGUGGCCACGGGGUCCGCUCGCGUAUGUAGAGUGGUACACUCGCUUCGCGCCUGCGGCUGACUCCUCCCACUUGAUGUAUUCGGUCAAGAAACCGCCGUCCUCAAGCAAUGGUCUGCCACAGGGGAAGAUUAUUCCCCUGUCGCAGAUCCGGCAAUCCUGUCAGCUUACACCCGUUUUCCCCGGCGGUCCUCGCGGCACUGUUCCCGACUCCUGGUCAUCGGAAAACGUGUUAGAAACGGCUAGUACUUUCUACGUUAACAACUGGGUGCAGCAUUCUACGCCUACAAAAUUGGGAGCGCCAAUGGGUCCCAUGUUCGGCGCUAGUGGUAAAUUAAUCACUUCUCACGCCUCGUUCAACGCUUUGGCGUGGCUUUCGUACUCUCUGAAAACGCUUUUGCUCUCUCUUAUCCUCUUCACCGUCCACCCGUCCACCAUCAUGGCUUCUUUGGAUCCUCGCGUUCAAUUCCACAUCUCUACCUUUAUUCCUUCCUUCGGCGACGUUUGCAAGAAGGUCAAGCGGUGCCCCCAUGUGCAGAAGGGUUCCCUCAACCACCUCACCGUGGUUGAGAUAUCGAGGACGGGUCUGGGGACCCUGUGGAGCCAUUGCCCGAGGACUGUCAAACCCUGCCGUACCUUGCCCAGCAAGUUGCAGCCGAACGACGAUGAGGUUGCCGCGGUGCGCCCGUCCAUCAACGCUGCACUGCCGGAGGAGGGCCCAAACCGAUUCAUUUUCGUCGGCGGCAUCGAGGCGUGGCACAAGAGCCCCGAAUUCCCGGAGUGCCUUCGAGGGACGGACGAGAUAGGAAUAGUGGAGGUAUUCUUUUAUUACCGGGAUCACGUUGCGCCCAUCCAGCUGCCCCUCAUGUGCCGUGUACAUGGGGACUGGGAGAUAGAGCUGCCGUUCCGCCAGCCGGUCACUCAGGAGGUCAUUCCAUGCCUCAAUGGCUGGAAGAGGGACCCUAAGGAGUACCCGGCACGCUUCGACAUUUACGACGUCCAGCAAGCUAAGUUCAUUCCCCUCGGGUCCGUCAACGAACCCAUUCGCAUCCCCCUACCCCUUCGGCACGUCAUCCUCGUUAAAUACGAGAGUAUCUACGACACCAUGUGGCCCCUCUACUGGGCUAAAGGGAUCCGCCCUUCAGGGGCUCUGGGCGGAAUCCUGGCCAACAUGUACCCCCGCCCGUCCAUCUGGCCCGUGGGCUUCGAUUUCCCCAGGACCCGCAUCAACGCGUUGUCCGUGGUCCGGGUUGAAGGCAACCACCGGCCUCACGUCUUCACGCCAGCGGAGGGCGAUCCGGACUGUACCGUGGAGAGAAUGAACGUUCGAGAAGAUGAGGUCUCAGCGGAUGGGGACUCGGAUGCGGACACGGAUGUCGACUCGGAUGCUGACUCGGAUGCGGACUCGGAUGCGGCCUCGGAUGCGGAGGAUUGGGAUGGUGAGACGGCCGUGGGGGACUGA